AUGCGGGAAGCGGGGGCAUGUUGCCCGGGUGUGCAGAGCAGCGAACAAGUCGUCACCCGCAUCAUCGCCCCGACGGCACCAACGUCCCCGAGCCGCACCGAAAGACGACAGCCGACAGAUGACAGGAAGCCUGUCAUCGGAAGCCACCAUUUUCAGCACAAACAGCAGACAGAAGAUCCACGUCACUCUCUGCCUCGACGGCGCGCCGUGCGAGAUGGAGGUGGAUUCCGGGUCGGCGGGAGGGAUUCGUUCACAGUGGAGUUCAAGGGAAAAAGUGCUGUGUUGUCAUGUUUAAUAGCUGAGGGGAACCGAACCAACCUGCUCGGGUUGGACUGGUUUGACCCUCUGGGUAUUGCUGUUGUGGGAGUUAAUACUGUUGUGGAAAAUAAAUGGGCUGUAUUAUAUUCUGAAUUUCCUGAAGUGUUUGGGGGUGGUUUGGGAAGGUAUAACGGUCCCCCAGUGUCUUUUGACUUGGAUCCUGGUGUUAGGCCUAUCCGCCUUAAAUACAGGAAGGUGCCCAUUCCGUUCAAGGCAAAAAUCGAGGCCGAACUCGAUAAGUUGGUUGAGCAAGGGGUAUUGGAACCAGUGCCUUUUGGCAAAUGGGAAACUCCCAUAGUAACUCCUAUUAAACCUGACGGGUCAAUUCGGAUAUGCGCUGAUUACAAGUGCACCAUUAACAAAGCCUUGCAGCAGCAUUCGUACCCUGUCCCGGUCAUCAGCCACGUUUUGGCGUCACUGGGAGGGGGCAAGAUAUUCGCCAAACUCGACCUAGCCCAGGCAUAUCAACAACUCCCAGUAACAAAGGAGGCGGCUGAAGCUCAAACUAUAGUAACGCACAGAGGGGCGUUCAGAGUGAACCGACUCCAAUUCGGAGUGAAUGUCGCACCGGGGAUUUUCCAAAGUCUCAUGGAGGGGUUACUGAGGGGGGUGCCUGGCACGGUGCCGUAUUUUGAUGAUGUGCUAAUAGCGGGCAAAUCCGAAGAUGAAUUGUUGCACCGAGUUAGGGAGGUGCUCAAGCGUUUUUCCGAUGCGGGGCUUAAGGUAAAAAAGUCCAAAUGCCUGGUGGGGGUCCAUAGUGUUGAAUUCUUGGGAUUCCGGGUGGAUGAGUUCGGGGUCCACCCCACAAACGAUAAGGUAUCCGCAAUACAGCAUGCACCACGGCCACAGGGGAACAAGGAGCUCCAGUCCUUCUUAGGACUCCUUAAUUUUUACCACGCCUUUUUGCCCCAUAAGGCGUCAGUGGCUGCCCCAUUGCAUAACCUCCUGCACAAGGACUCCAAGUGGAAGUGGGGCCCCGAGCAUGAGCGAGCGUUUAAGGGGGUGAAAGAAUUACUGUCAUCAGAUGCUGUGCUGACUCAUUAUGAUGAGAACAAGCUACUGGUGUUGGCUGCUGAUGCGUCACCAUAUGGGGUGGGGGCGGUGCUGAGCCAUGUCAUGCCGGACGGGCGGGAGGCCCCCGUGGCGUUCUAUUCCAGGUCGUUAACAGCAGCAGAGAAAAACUACGCGCAGAUUGAUAAAGAGGCUUUGGCGCUUGUUUCUGCUGUUAAAAAGUUUAAUGACUUUCUGUUUGGAAGGCGUUUCAUUUUGGUAACGGACCACAAGCCCUUGCUAGGGAUCUUUGCCCAGGACCGGCAACUCCCUGAUGUUAUGUCCGCUCGCAUGUUGCGGUGGGCAUUGUUCCUCUCAGCAUAUGAGUUCGACUUGGAACACCGGCCGGGUAAGGCAAUUGGACACGCUGAUGCGAGGGGGUGGCCGGCAGGGACUUUAGAGCCGGAAUUCAAACCGUAUAAAAUGCGGGAAAACGAGAUGUCCGUAUCCAAGGGCUGUCUACUGUGGGGAAACCGGGUGGUUGUGCCUCAUCGCUGGCGCGAAAAAGUGCUGAAAUCACUUCAUGAGGGCCAUCCCGGUAUGGUACAUAUGAAAGCUCUGGCCCGGGGAUAUGUGUGGUGGCCCGGGUUGGACGCUGAUAUUGAGGAGUGGGUUCGGGGGUGCACGCCAUGCCAGCAGGCGAGGGCCGACCCACCAACCGCCUAUCCGCAAAAGUGGGAAUCGGCGGGAAAGCCUUGGUCAAGGCUACACAUCGACCUGGCGGGCCCGGUACAAGGGCAAAUGUUCUUAAUUGUUGUGGACUCAUUUUCAAAAUGGUUGGAAGUGGCGCCAAUGUCUACCACCACUUCCACUGCUGUAAUUAAUGUUUUGCGCCGUCUUUUUGCCACACAUGGGUUGCCUGAUGUUUUAGUGAGCGAUAACGGCGCUCAAUUUGUUUCUUCUGAAUUUGUACAGUUCCUAACCAACAAUGGCAUAAGGCAAAUGACUUCGGCCCCGUUCCACCCUGCCUCUAACGGCCAGGCGGAA